GUUGUGUAGUCGUGUGUAUUAAAUUAUAACAGUGUUUAUUUUUGAAGACAUUUAUAUUUGUCCCGUAUAAAGCGAACACUGGACAAGAUGGUGCAUAGAGGCGACGGCAUCUUUUCCUGUUUCUCUUGCCUCGUAGAUGCCAUGCAUUGCCUGGUACUAAGUUCCAAGAUGUGUAACAAAGGUAAAUGCCUCCAUUGCAUCCCCGUCGAAAAUGGCUGCCUCGUUCUAGCCAUCAUAAGUGCGAUUGGCACUGGGCUGGUGCUGCUGGCGACCAUCAUUCUGGGCAUCCUGGCUGCUACAGGCCUCAUCAUGGCGUCGCAUGAACCUGACCCUGACCCAGAAACCCAUGAAAUGAGGCAAGCGGUCGUGGGUCUGGCCGGGAUCGCCAUUGGUGUGGUACUCACUGUUGUGGGAGUGGCCUCAUUCAUCGCUUUCAUCUUCUCGGUGCUACUUUGCAAUGGAAUCUGUAAGCGUCGCCCAGGACAAGUGAAGGCCUACUUCAUAUACGGUGUCCUGAUCACCAUACUCACAAUCAUCGCCUCGAUUGCUCAAAUGGUCAACGAAGACGACCCUGCUCCUGGCAUCGGCGGACUAGUUGGUUGUCUGAUCUACUGUGCAUUCCUGAUGCUGGUGCACGAGACGUACAGCAAGCUGUGCGCGGGCGCUGUCUUCAAAAACCACAUCCGCCUGGUUGAAGACUAUUAACACCACUCUUUCGGGUCAUACACGGACAGAACAAUUGUCACUUCUAAUCCCAAAAGUUAAGUCUUUGAA